AUGAGUUUGCGAGUUUUUCUCUCUUCAGUCUCUUCUCCGCUGCUUGAAGUUCAUUGCAUUAUAUUAAAGAACAAAAAGAUGUGAAAGUAGCUAACCUGUUAAGAUCUGCAUUUUAAUAUGACUGCACCGAAGAGAAAGCACGUCCCUCGGAUAACGCAGCUCGAUUCUGCCUCUUUAGAUAAAGAAAUCAACUCUGUUUUAAAGCUGGAGGUUGAAGAGAUAUUGCGGUCAACUGCGCCUUAUGCAUUGACGAGAUAUGAACCGGAGAUUGAUGCCCUUUUAAGUUUGCUUGUUUGGAAACUCUCUGUCUACGAUAAAGGAGCAACAUUUGGCCAGUCUUUGCUAGACUUAAAGUACUACAAUAGCAGCAGCAGGAAACGAAUAUUACUGGCAGCUUUAGUCAUUGGAGGGAAAUAUGUGAUUUCAAGAACACGCACCGUGGCCAAAGUACUGAUUGAUGAAAGCAAUUUCCAUGUGGUAGAGCAGGUUUUUCGAACUGCAGACACACUCUUCAGGAUAGCAAAUUUAGCCAAUCGUGUUAUUUUUCUAACUGAAGGCCAGUAUCCUGGGUUGGCGGAGCGUGUUCUUCGAAUGCCACCGACACCAGCCUCAGAGCAGCACAACCGAAACGUAGGCUAUUCCUACAUGACCAGAGAACUUUUGUGGCACAGCCUGAUAGAGCUUCUCCUCUUUGUUCUUCCCCUCAUUAACUACAGAGCAUGGUAUGCCAAAGUUAGGUCCUUGUUCCGAACAAAGUCUGAACUUAGAGAGUUUGACACGCCGGAGCUGACUCUAAUGUCAACUUGCGCCGUUUGUAAUGAGAAACCAAUCCUUCCUCAACACAUCGGAUGCUCACAUGUGUUUUGUGCCUAUUGCGUUAAGGGCAACCUAGCUGCCAGUAAAGCAUUCCAGUGUCCUCUGUGUGGAGCUCUCGCUGAGAAUAAAGUCAGGCCACUAAUAAUUUAACCACAAAUUCUUUGUUAUAAUGCAAGAUAAUCGAAGUGAUGGAAACUAUUUUGUUUGUUACUACUUAAAUCGUGACGUUUUAUUUACCAAAACAACGCUAUGAUCACAAAACCUUGGUAUCUUUGUGAAAGUAAAAAAAUAUGUAUUUCCACUCCACAGACAGCGAAUUUUCAGGAAUCACAAUGUUGGGAUUUUUAAGUAUACACGCUGCUGAAGUGGCUUAAGCAGCAUACAAAUUUGGAAACUUCUCAAGUAGUGAUGAUUGAUUGACAAGAACAUCAUUUUUAAAAACUUUCAAUAAACCUUAUCUGGAAUGUCCAGGC